AUGUCUGGAUCCGCAGAACACCUCCGCGAUGAGGGAACCCGAACCCAGGUCAUCAUAGCAGGCGCCGUGUCCGGCCUGAUCUCACGCUUCUGCAUCGCACCCCUCGACGUCGUCAAGAUCCGCCUCCAGCUGCACUACCACUCCCUCGCCGAUCCACUCUCACAACCCAUCUCCCGGCGAACGCCAACGGGAAUCUACGUCGUCGCUCGGAACAUUCUGCGACAUGAAGGGAUCACGGGAUUUUGGAAGGGGAACAUUCCCGCUGAAGGACUGUAUUUGAGCUAUGGAGCGGUGCAGUUCCUCGCGUAUCGCAGCACGUCGCAGGCAUUGGAUAAACUAGCCGAGAAGAGCGAUGUUCACAUCCCGGGUGCAGCGAAGAGUUUUGUGGCAGGUGCGAUUGCGGGAACGGCGGCCACGACGGCAACGUAUCCGCUCGAUUUGUUACGGACGAGGUUCGCGGCGCAGGGAACGGAGAGGGUCUAUGAUGGGUUGCUGGGGAGUAUUCGCGACAUAACACGCACGGAAGGAGCAGCUGGGUUCUUCCGAGGUUUGAGUGCGGGCAUUGGACAGAUCGUGCCGUAUAUGGGAAUGUUCUUCGCGAUGUACGAGGGAUUGAAACCUCAGCUCGCGACUGUGAACCUGCCUUUCGGGUCUGGAGAUGCGUUGGCGGGAAUCUCGGCGAGCGUCCUCAGCAAGAGCAUUGUGUUUCCGUUAGAUACUGUGAGGAAGAGGCUGCAGGUUCAAGGACCGAGUCGGAGUCGGUAUGUAGGUGGUGAGAGGAUACCGGUGUAUGAGCGAGGCGUGGUGAACACAUUGAAGACGAUCUUGAGGAGGGAGGGAGCGGUUGGUUUGUAUAGAGGAUUGACGGUGAGCUUGAUCAAGGCUGCGCCAUCGAGUGCGGUCACAAUGUGGGCGUAUGAGCGGGCGAUCAAGGUCUUGAGGAGUUGGGAGGAACACGGGUGA